CGCAUGUCGACGUCGACGCGCGCAGAGUCCGGAAGAGGCGCGGGCUGGGAAAGGAUCCUUACGAGAACGCUUCAGCGCCGCGGUCCCCAUGGCGCUCUGGCGUGGCUCUGCGUACGCGGGUUUUCUGGCGCUGGCGGUGGGCUGCGUUUUCCUGCUGGAGCCGGAGCUGCCGGCUUCGGCGCUACGCUCUCUGUGGAGCUCGCUGCGGCUGGGGCCCGCGCCCUCGCUCCCGGGACCCGCGUCCCCCGAGGGUCGUCUGGCGGCCGCCUGGGACGCACUCAUUGUGCGGCCGGCCCGGCGCUGGCGCCGUGUGGCCGUGGGAGUCAACACCUGCGUGGAUGUGGUGCUUUCAGGGGUGAAGCUCUUGCAGGCACUGGGCCUGAGUCCUGGCGAUGGGAAGGAUCACGCCAUUCUGCAUUCAAGGAAUGAUCUAGAAGAAGCCUUUGUUCACUUCAUGGGGAAGGGAGCAGCUGCUGAGCGAUUCUUCAGUGAUAAGGCAGCUUUUCAGGACAUUGCCCAGAUUGCUUCAGAGCUCCCAGGAGCCCAGCACUAUGUAGGAGGAAAUGCAGCUUUAAUUGGACAGAAAUUUGCAGCCCACUCAGAUUUAAAGGUUCUUCUUUGUGGUCCUGUUGGUCCAAAGCUGCAUGAACUUCUGGAUGACAAUGUAUUUGUUCCACCAGAAUCAUUGCAGGAAGUGGAUGAGUUCCACCUCAUUUUGGAGUAUCAAGCAGGGGAGGAGUGGGGCCAGUUAAAAGCUCCCCACGCCAACCGAUUCAUCUUCUCCCACGACCUCUCCAACGGGGCCAUGAAUAUGCUGGAGGUGUUUGCGUCUAGCCUGGAGGAGUUUCAGCCAGACCUGGUGGUCCUCUCUGGAUUGCACAUGAUGGAGGGACAAAGCAAGGAGCUUCAGAAGAAGAGACUCUUGGAGGUUGUCACCUCCAUUUCUGACAUCCCCACUGGUGUUCCCGUUCACAUCGAACUGGCCAGUAUGACCAACAGGGAGCUCAUGAACAACAUUGUGCAUCAGGUGUUUCCUGCGGUGACUUCCCUUGGGCUGAACGAACAGGAGCUGUUAUUUCUCAGCCAGUCGGCAUCUGGCCCCCACUCUUCUCUCUCUUCCUGGAGCGGCGUUCCGGAUGUGGGCAUGGUCAGUGACAUCCUCUUUUGGAUCUUGAAAGAACAUGGGAGGAGCCAGAGCAGAGCCUCAGACCUCACCAGGAUCCAUUUCCACACGCUGGUCUACCACAUCCUGGCAACCGUGGAUGGACACUGGGCCAACCAGCUCGCAGCCGUGGCUGCUGGGGCUCGCGUGGCUGGGACACAGGCCUGUGCAACAGAAACCAUAGAUGCCAGCCGAGUGUCUCUGCAGGCACCCCGCGAGUUCACCACCUCCCACUCAGAGGCAGGCUCCAGGAUCGUGUUAAACCCUAACGAGCCAGUAGCAGAGUGGCACAGGGAGGGAAUAUCCUUCCACUUCACACCAGUCUUGGUUUGCAAAGAUCCUGUUCGAACUGUGGGCCUUGGAGAUGCCAUUUCGGCAGAAGGCCUCUUCUAUUCCGAGGUGCACCCUCAUAAGUAGGACCCACGAGGAAGGAGAACUAGCCGACUGUAGAAUUACAGGAAGAAGAUGGUUGAUUGAGGGUGUCAGAACCGUUUCUAGAUCUAAUUGGAAGACAGCCAAAGAAAUAACAGCAGAUUAAACUGUACCAGAUAACAUUCCAGCCUGUUGGCGAUUACACAGAAACAUUCGGUUUUAGUUACUAGUAAGACUGGACUUCUGUGUUUUUUUAUAUUGUCUGUUACAGGGGUGAAAACUUGAUUCCCAAAUCCGCAGUUAUGCAGAGCCAUCAAGUAUUUUGAGGCAAACGUCCAGUCAGAGUAUGUCAGCUGGAGAAAGCCCCCCUCCCUGCCCCUUGAGAAGUGCCCUCUCCUCACCCACAUCCCACUGCCUCUGUAGAGCCUCCUGCGCACUUCUCGUGUUCCUUCUUGCUCAGUGCUCACAGCCAGGAUCAUGCUUUGCAUUCAGUGUUACAGUGGACACAUUCCAUGAGCAUACUUUCUCAGUCUCCUGCUCUCAGCCUUAGGGCAGAGCCACAAAUAGAAGACUGAGCAUCCUCAGGCAGCAGAGGCCGGUGGCGGGGGCUUUUGAGGGAGCCGCUCACUCUGCAGUGGCCUGGACACCUGGCAUGCUGCAGCGUGGCACUGGGUGCUGAUGGGCCAUGCCCUCCUGCCUGACUCUGUUGGCAGUAGGCUGGUGCUCAGAGGCUCCUGUGGCCUGGGCUGUCCCCAUGGCCCAGCUGUAGGCCAGCUUCCUGCAGAAAACUGAUCUCUGUUCAUUCUCACCCUUGAAGGAAUACGCUUUUACAACUGGAAUCUGCUUCUGUGUGUAUAACAGAUUAUGUUAUGUUUUAUGUUUUCGUUGACACACCACAUCCAUUAAAGAGUUCGACCUCAUAAGAGCCUCAGGAUCAUGAAUAAAUUUGUCAUGUUAAUGUAUUUAUUUUUUUUUUUAUAAAUCAAGGAGACUUCUCUGUGCUUUUAAGUAUAUUAAAAAACUAUUUACAUUUCAGGAAUCCUAAGUCUAUUUGCAAUUGAUUUUGUUUCCACCACCACUCUGGAGCAGAUAAAAUAUAAAUCCUUCUGAUGUUGACUUGUGAUUUGUAUGUUACUGUACGCUUGAGGUGUCUUUUUAUCUUGUCUUCCCCAUCCUUGGGUUAGGCUGUUCCUCACACUGCACCUAAGCUGUAGGCCUGCGCUCUGGGCAUUUAGUUGAUCUGGAGCACAGCAGCUUGAAUGAGCAGUGAGCCUUCAGAGUUUGUUCAGAAGGACAGUGUAGACACGGCAGCUGGUGGCAGGCCGCUUGGUUCUGUGGUAGUCAUUUCACACAGGGCCCGAUGUCACUGCUUUUGGAACCCCAAAACUACCCCAGGUUCUUCAUUUAUAACCUCCCUUUCCCGUCAAGGAAAGAUUUGGUUGCCCUUUCUUCAAAGAAAAUUUAAGCCUAGAGAAAUAACGCCGUGUGAAAUUCAAAGCAAACAGCUUAUUAAAAUCUCAGUUGCUACCUCAUCCUUCUCUGCCUCCAAGCUCAAUUAAGAAUUAAACACCAACCUUCUAGCCUUGUUUUUUAUUAUAAAGGCUUACAAGUGAGAAGAGAUUGCUAUUUUCCCAAGAAGAAUUACAGUAACUCAUCAUUUAUGCUCUGAAUCUAUUAGAAGUACUGAAGUGUUCUCCAUGUGACCUUUUUUUUCUGGUCUGUCUGUAAGGUGUGUCUACUCAGCCCCUGCCUUGAGGGUAUAGUCUCAACAAGUUCUCCAGUUAUUCACUGGUGAUUUAAUGAAGAUUAGCUCAGGAAGCUACAUACCUUAGAGCAGUCUUAAACCAUUGUUAGCUGCCUCCUUAUGUACAACAGACUGAAACAUGGCCAGGUAACAUGCCUCCUUAUGUACAACAGACUGAAACAUGGCCAGGUAACCUUAUGUACAACUGAAUGCAGCAUCAGGUCCUGUAUCAUCACAAUCACCAGCGUGUUUGAGUCCCAUCAUUGCAGUUACUGUGCCAAUCCAUCUCA